CCACGCACACCAUUACCAUACCGUACCCUCCAAGAGAGAAAAGAAAGAAUUAUCCCUUUGGUUUCCACAGCCCCACCACCACCACCAUCAUCCUUCUCCUUUCUCUCCUCUACCUCUGCCUACCCUCAAUAAUUGUGUACAGAUACGUACGUACGCAUGCAUUGAUUGUAUCUGUAUAUAUGAAAGUUUUGUUGUUGUUCUCAUAAACAGAUUGAGACCAACCAAGAGAGAGAGAGAGAGAGAGAGAGAGAGAGAGAGGACGGAGCAUGGCGGCAUCGGGGACUCGAACUCGGGUGGGGAAGUAUGAGAUGGGGAAAACGCUGGGGGAGGGUAGCUUUGCCAAGGUCAAGUUCGCUAAGAACCUCGAGAGCGGUGACAGCGUCGCCAUCAAGAUCAUCGACCGUGUUCGCGUCCUCCGUCACAAGAUGGUCGAGCAGAUUAAAAGAGAAAUAUCGACAAUGAAGUUGAUCAAGCAUCCCAAUGUAUUGAAACUCUUCGAGGUUUUGGCAAGCAGGACAAAGAUCUACAUUGUGCUUGAGUAUGUUGAUGGGGGCGAGCUUUUUGACAAAAUAGCCAAACAAGGAAGACUAAAAGAAGAUGAAGCUAGGAGAUACUUCCAACAGCUCAUUAACGCUGUGGACUAUUGCCACAGUAGAGGCGUGUACCAUAGAGACUUGAAGCCGGAGAAUCUGCUUCUGGAUUCAUUUGGUGUUCUUAAAGUCUCAGACUUCGGAUUGAGUGCAUUUUCUCAGCAAGUACGGGAUGAUGGACUGCUUCACACGGCCUGUGGAACUCCAAAUUAUGUUGCUCCCGAGGUGCUCACUGACAAAGGUUAUGAUGGUACAGCAGCUGAUAUAUGGUCUUGUGGGGUCAUUCUGUUUGUACUUAUGGCUGGAUACUUGCCUUUUGAUGAGCCGAACCUCAUGGCUUUAUACAGAAAAAUCCACAAGGCUGAUUUCUCAUGUCCAUCAUGGUUUUCAUCGGGUGCCAAAAAGCUGAUUAAGCGUAUUAUUGACCCCAAUCCACUCACUAGAAUAACAAUUGCGGAAAUCUUAGAAAAUGAUUGGUUCAAGAAAGGUUACAAGCCACCACAUUUUGAGCAGGGAGAGGAUGUAAAUCUGGAUGAUGUAGAUGCCGUUUUCAAUGACUCAGAGGAACACCUUGUUACAGAAAGGAAAGAGAAGCCUGUAUCCAUGAACGCUUUCGAGUUUAUUUCCAGGUCACAGGGUUUCAACCUUGAAAGUUUGUUCGAAAAGCAGAUGGGUCUUGUUAAGCGAGAAACACGCUUUACUUCCAAGAGCCCCGCAAAUGAGAUUAUGUCUAAAAUAGAGGAAACUGCAAAACCCUUGGGCUUCAACGUUCACAAGAGAAACUAUAAGAUGAAGUUACAAGGUGAUAAGACAGGCAGAAAAGGCCACCUUUCAGUAGCUACAGAGGUAUUUGAAGUUGCUCCCUCGCUACACAUGGUGGAGCUCCGCAAAACAGGAGGCGACACACUGGAGUUUCACAAGUUCUACAAGAGCUUCUCCUCUGGAUUACAAGACAUUGUGUGGACCCCGGAAUCAAUUCCUGAAGAGACAAGGUCUUAAGGAAGACAGCCUUUUCUGGUUCAUCUCUUUUAAGUAAUUUUCCGGAACUGCUUAAGCUUAAUGGAUACCCCAUGCUGUGCAUAAUGAAGAUUAUCGCAGCAUGUGUGGUUGGCAUACUGUGUUUGAGGCUUGUGGAAGUGAGAGAUCUUCGGUUAUCUACCUCCAAAAUCGAAACUGCAAGGAAGAAGGAAGCAAGGAUGGUUCAUGUAUUAAUCCUCCAAUUUCUAGGAGAGGCAUCUCAGUUUUACCCCUCUGCGUGAUAGCAUGAAGGAGAUCAUCCUUAAUAUAUUAUUACAGUGUAAUGUUAAGUCGCAAUGCCCUUCUUGCUGUAUGCCCCUCUUGAAGAAUUGGGUACAUUGGGUACUAUAUGUAGAAUGGAGCUACUCCUGGAAGUUUCAGUUCAUGUCUGGUUUCUGUUCUUCA